ACCAUCUCGUAGAGUUGCAUAAGAGACCUUCUUUUUUAUGUCACUGACGCAUGGUUAUUGACUUGCCGGCUGCUUGAAGCCGCUUUCGAUUCUCAUUCGUACUCACCCAUGCACUCGUGUUUAUCUCACUUUGAACAAAUAAUUGGGAUCAGUGUUGCUCGAUAUGCUCACGACUAGACAGCCCCAGGUAGAACAUGUUACCUGGAGCAAGAACGGACCAGAUGGAUGAACAACUCUUAGGUGCGCUACAAUAUGGGCACUUGGGACGACCGAAAUACAUUUCAGAGACCCAGACUUGGCUGUUUCCACGGACAUUGGCCCCAACUUUCCCCAUUGCUUACGCCGGUGUCAAUAAGCAUGCCGUCAAAUCGCCUUUGACCGCACCCCAGUCAUCCCUGAUUGAAAACAAGGGCCUUCUACCUCACGUUUUCCCCGAGUUAGCAGCCUGUUGGCCUCUUGCGUCUGAAGAGAAUGCUUCGCACGUCAUCACGACAUCCAGUGAAUUAUGUGAUCCCUCGGUCUCCUCCCUGCUCGACUUCGGUUACGCCGUAGAUUUGGAGAAUAGCGAGUCAGGUGCCCGUGGAGUACCCAUCGCGAUCAUCGCAUCAGGAGAAUGCGGAAAUGUCGUUUCUUUCCGAAAACUCGAGGAAAAUACAAUUGAGUUAAAAUGCGAAACAACACAGAAGGCGCGUGUUUCCUCCAUCGGAAAUACUGAAAGGACCGACUGGUCUGUAAGAGGUGCUGCUGUUCGCCAGAUCUGUUUCGCUCGCCCAGUCGAGGAGCAAGCGACAUGGAUGGCGGCUCGUUUACCUCAAUUUACGACUAUCUUCAGGCCACAGUACCAUCGGAAUCCCAUCCCUUCACCGGUUGCCCGGAUGCGCGAUCAUAAGCUGUCAUUUGAGUGCUGCAUGUCUCGCCUUGAUGCUAAUCCUGUGGUGGAAAUCUCCAUCUCACAAACCGGAGGGUAUGCGCAUGCAGACGUCACCUUUAAUCCUUGGUAUCAGAAGCAAAUUGGUAUUGUCGACGUGCGAGGAGGAUGGAGUAUAUGGGACCUGUCUGGUCGACAUAGUAAAAACAGGAGUAGUUGGAUGGCCGCAUGUGUGAAGACUGGCUCAUUGCCAUGGCUAGAUUUCGACGAUAGCCAAGACAGUGAUGACCGCCCUCAUCACGACGGAUGGGCGGCUAUCGAAUGGGUGAGAGAUGUCAACAGCUUUAUUGUAUGUGAUCGGCGCUGCCUGAUGUUAUAUCGAACGCAAAACGGUCAGGUCUGCCCAUAUCCAAUCGAACUCGGUUUGAAGAGAAAGUCCGAAUGGAUCCUAGACAUCAAACGCAGCGCCAGCAACGUGUCCCAUGUCUUCAUUCUGACAACAUCCCGAAUAUUUUGGCUGGCUGUUGCAUCCGCGUCAGAUCUAGCCACCGGCGACUCGAGGCCUGCGGUGUUUCCUCAACUGUCAUGGCGCCAUUUUCGAGACUCGGGAGACACGACAAUGCGACUUCAUUCUUUCCUUAUACAUGAAGACCUUCAUCUCAUGCUCUAUUCACGGCUUAAUCCAUUCACACUUGUCUUUCCUUGUUCUUAUGUACAUGACACUGAGGCAGAAACCAUAACCCUACAUGACCCUUUUAUACUAGACAUUCCACCGUCUGAUAUCCCUUCAGAUCACCAGCUGUCGCCGAACGGUACGCAAUUCUCAACGCUCAUUUUCAGAGCAACUGGCCGUCUGCCACUACCAAUCAGCAACGAAUCCAGCGUUAGAGCCAGCAUUCUAAAGCUCUUUGCAUUGGAUUCACAUCUCUCUGUGCAAGAAUCUGUGUAUAUCGGAUUUGCUCGUGACAGUGCCGCAGAUGGAGACCCACUUCCACUGGGUGUUUUGAAAGCCAAAAGGCGGGCUCCAGGGACUCAAUCAGUUGCCUUUGGAGAUGACUUCGUGACGCAUGACUGGGACGAGUCGACUUCACGGAGUGGCGUCUUAACUUCAGAUGCCGCAAUGUCUAAUAUCACACCACUUACAAUUCCGCAGUGGACCCUGGAUUAUACACGGGUCUACGCUGUUGCAACCAGCAGGCUGGGACUAUCAUCGAGUAGGGGAGGUGCAGGGAAACAUGUUAGCAAUAGCCUUGACAAGGUGAUCCAGCAGCUGGAGGUAUUGCUUGCAGAUGCUGAAGCUAGUGGCCAAUUCAGAAAUCAGACUGGGCUCGAGAUUCUUGGUGAGCACUCAGUGUUGAAUGAUAUCGAUCGAAAUGCGCACGAAUGGACAGCAUUCUGGUCACGAACGGUCAAGAGCCGUCCAGGUCUACUCAACCUCGUCUAUUUCGCGAACCAAGUCUCCUAUAUCUUCACAUCGAUCACUUUAGCUGAUGUCAAUCGACCCUUGAGUCCCACCACACUAUAUGAGGAAUUGGUCGGGGAAUGGCUUGGGUAUUUACCGCCCAACACACCUGGGCGCACACGAUUCAUGAAAGAACAGAUCAUCCGGAGUGUGGUAGCGGAUUUGAUUCUAGCACAAUUCAGUAUAAGGUGCGCGGUACCAGGACAUGGUUUCAGGGAUUUUGAACAAGUUGGUUCACAAGUGUCAUCCUUACCUGCAAGAAGCUCAAAUGAAAAUGAGGAAAGCCUAUCAGCUGCUAUAUCUGAGCAUAGCGACGAAAGCGCAUUUCCCAGCAGCAUGGCGAGCAGGCUAGCGUGCGAGCUAGACGAGAGUGAGCAAGAAGACUUGUCGCUAGCAUCCACCGGUUUAUCGGCUAUCACCACCUUCAAAUCUGAGCAGGCAAUGAAUCCAGGCAUAUCAGACAUCCUGCAGCAUUGGCAACCUGGAGCCAACCCAGCCGAAUACAGCUGGCAGCGAAAUGUAGCAGGAACUCAGGCAACAAUAGCCACUACUCCCAAGCGUCGGCGAUCACGAAGGACGGUCUCGCUGCAUGGCAGUCAACAAGAUGGCUCAAUCGCUCUUCCCACACCUGUCGUCGCCACUGACACAACUCGGACAUGGGGUAGCCAGCCAGAAAACCUUCAGCCUCCUAGUUUGCGAUUGCAUAGCAGUCAAAUGGUAGACGAGAGCGUAUCGAUGACGCAAAUCGAACGCGGUAUGUUUGGUGGUCGCGAGACUGGGCAAAAGAAUUCGGUGAAGGCAAGGAAGAAGAAGCGGGCAGCGGGCUUCUAGGUGCCAAUGAAUCUGCCAUAUGUGUUUUUUAAGCAUGUACAGUAUUCAUGUAGUUCUUUUAAGCCGGUCACGAUAUCCGCCGCGAUAAAUACUCGCACU